UAAAAAUGUCUUUUUUUAGAGCUCAUUAUUUUCAUAGAAAUAUUCUACCAUCUCGUCAAAUCUCAUUUCUUCAACCACCAAAAAUUGCCUUAGGAAAAUCCAAUUCUCAUUUUCUUCGUUUAUCACAAUUAAAAUCAUUUACAAAGUCUGUUUCUACUUCUUCAUCUUCUCUUCAGGAGGGGAUUAAUCCAAUUUUUACCGCAUACCCCUUUAUAACUUUUUUCAGUAGUCUUAUGUUGGUAGAUAUUAUUUAUACCUUUUGUCAAAAUAAAUGUACUAAAUAUCACAUUAUUAAGACUUUUGAAAAUGGUAAUCAACCUAAAGUAGAGAUUUCACAUUCAAAAUAUUUAUCUCGAUCUGAGAUGAUUGAUCAACUUAAAAAUAUUUUUAACCCUCAUGAAGAUCAAUCUUUUUAUCAUAUCAUUUAUGGUAUAAAUGGAAUUGGUAAAUCAACUUUAGUUAAAACUGCAUCAAAAGAAGUUGGGCAAGGUGUUAUAUAUGUUGAAAUUCCUGCUAGUGUUUAUGAUUUAAAUGAAGCUUUUGCAAAAGCUCUUAAUAUGUCACCUAAUAAAUUUACUUUUACAAACCGAAUAGCACGAUCAUUCUUAGAAGGAUCUAAAGAACCAGAAUUAAAACAAUAUUUAGAAGCCAUUAAAUAUGGUGCUGAAGUGUACAAAAGGAAACAUGGCAAACCUCCAGUCAUUAUUUACGAUAAUGUGGAUCACUUAGUUGCAAAGCAUUCAAAAAUCCUUGAUUUACUUCAGAAUGAUGCUAAGAAAAGCGCUGAUGACAAAAAAUAUAUUACGGUAUUUGUUAGCGGUAAAAAUAGUACUUUUAACAAAAUGUAUUCAAAUAAACAUAUUUGGCCACAUGCAAAAAAACUAGUAAUGGAAAUUGGUGAACUUAGUAAAGAAGAAUCAAUGAAUUAUUUAGUUAAUAAGCGCGGGAUUAAAACCAUAAAAGAAGGCAGGAUUGAUACUACAGAAGCAGAAAAAUUAUAUGAAUUAGUUGGUGGUAAUAUUAGGGAUUUGAGUAAUGUAGCAGAUAAAUUUAAUGCAUCUUUUGAAGAUAUUAAGCAACAUAAAUUAAAUCGAGUUUUUCGUAAAUUUUGUAAUGCAAAAUUAAAUAAAAAUCAGGUAUAUCAUAAAGCAGGAAAGAAUGUAAUCGAGGCUUUAUUAUAUAAUAAUAAAAUGCUUGACUACUUGACAUAUAGGAAAUUCUUUAAUAAUCCUGAUGAAGCUGACGAAGUUUUGGAGGCUAAUGUAUUUGCACAUCAUCCAGAAAAACAUACUGUAACAUUUGAGUCUCGUGUUAUAGAACGUUACGUCCAAGAAAAUGCUCAAUAUAUUUAAUAAAUAAAGUCUAUGAUUUAUUCAAUAAAAAAUUAGGAAUAGACUACAUUAGUUAAUAAU